CAAACUUUUAAUAACCUAAUUAUUCAAAUACUUGGUAACUAAUCAUAAAUAUACAAUGAAUAGUUUGUUUUAGUAAUGUACAUUAUCUAAAAAUAUUUAAAAAAAUGACCAAAACAUUAUCCUUGAUACUUCAACCAUUCAGUAUUAUAUUUAUUAUUAUAGCAUUAAUUAUUAAUCAUUGGAAUUGUGGUGGAUUAUUUACAACAUGUUUACGUAAUUAUCAAAUUAUUACAAUUAUAUUAAUAUUACUAAUUUUUCUUGGUUUAAUCCUUUUAACUAUAUCAUUUAUUCUUGAAUUAGUAACUAUAUGCUCUGAAUCACUUGAUUUAAAUCCAACUUAUUUUACAAUCAGAUUUAUUAUAUUACUAUGUGGUUUAUUAAGUAUUAUCUCAGCUAUUCUAAUUUAUUCUUUAAAAUUAGAUCGUCAAUUUUCAAGAUUAAUAUGUACAAUUGGUAUUGUAUUUGCUGUACAAGUAUCAUUGAUUAAUAUAAUUUUAUCACCAUGUAUUCAUAGAAAUCAUUCUGAACGAAUAGUUAGUUAAAUGAAUGAAUGAAUAGAUGGUUUGGUUUGGUUGUGGAGUUUUCAUUGUUCUUCUUUUGAUGAUGAUGAUGAUGAUGAUGA